CCGAGUAUAGUAAGUCGCUGUUGGUUCGAGCAGAUAACAGUAAGUUCGGUUGGUUUGGUUGGGCGUACUUUCCAGAACUAACAUCGUUGACUGACUUAAACCCUUCGACUGCUCCGGAACCAUAAUGGAGAUAUUACAAGCACAAGUCCUCAAACAGACCUGGCAGGCCCUCUGGAUCACAGCACUUCUCCUUUGGGUACUGCAGGUUCUGUGGAUCAACAAAGUUCCAGCCCUUCAGGUGACUCUACAGGAGUGGAAUCUGCCACCAUGCCUCAGUCAGAUUAUCUAAAUACGGAUUUGGCAGUUGCAGGAGAUCCCUCCAGUAUUAACUUACCAACGCAAUCAUCAAGUUCACUUGAUCAGCAGAGCACAUUUUCUGCAGCUCCCACUGGUGCUGGAGAUCAGCUUGAAAUCAUCCUCCAUACAAAUUUCACAGACUCAAGGGAUCCAAACGCAACAAGUUUACAAACAGACUUCCCAGGUACUGUUGAAGAGUUUACUCCUGGACCAGAAUUAAAAGACCCCGUGGUAGUUACUGCUUCAACAGAUUCCACAGGUGCUUCAUACACAGCAACCCCAGCUACAGGGGAUUCACAUGGUGCUAUCGCCCAGACAAUGUUGACAGCUACAGCUGGUCCACCUGAAAAGACCCAAGCCCCAGUAAAUGAGAGUCAGACCAGUGUUGUGCCUAAGGCAGAGUCUGCUGUUCCCAGUAAUGAACAUGACCUUACCUCUGGUCAGGGUCCUGAAGGUACAGAAAAUGUGGAACUGGAGGAUACCUGCUGAUUUUCAUGUCAAACCGCAAGUUAAACUUUUACGCUACAGCCUCAACUGUUUCGACGAAAUGGUCCGGAAAAAAAACAACAGUGACGGAAUAAUGGGAAAAUUCAAAUUUUUUUAAUAUAUUUUUUCCAAACAGCAUAUUUAAUUAAACGUAAGUGGCAGGAACGUACGUGUUUUAGAUCUAUGCUACUCCUAUGUACCUUUUUGUUAAAGAAUCUAUGCAUUGUAAACAGCAAGGCUUGUGUCAAGUGACAUUGUCAGAAACAAUAAAAUGAUCUACUUAUUUAAAAUAUUUAUAUUAACAACACAAUACUGCUCUUUGAAAACUAUACUUCUGAUUCUGUGCGAUUGCUGAAAUGCAACAAAUAAGCCAUUGUUUCAAACUCAGACUUAUGCAUGGGUAUUUGUCUUUUUCCUUACUGUAUACUGCAUUAUAGUGCAUUAACAUAUCCUGACUUUGAGAUUUGUAUACUGCUGAUUCAGAGAGGGGGGAAUAAAUACAUGUGUAAAAUUUUAAAGUGUUGUCGCAAAAUGAAAUAACCGCAGAAACGCCGUUCAACACUCUGCUUCUGGUAAUCGUACACUCGGGCAGGCCGUGUAGCACAGCGGGUAAGGCUUUGGACUUCAGACCCUGAGGUUGGGGGUUCAAAUCCAGGGGGGGAUUGAAUUGGCAUAAGAAAUGUAAUCGAUUGUAUCUCCCCAGUGUUGUAAGUCCUCUUGGAUAAAGGCGUAAGCCAACAAAAGCAAAUAAUAAAAAGCUUAACACUGAAAGCAGACUAUAAACUAACUUUUUAUUAAUUUUGAGAAACGCAAUUAAGGAGAAGGCAUUUGACUUUUGACUGUUUACAAGCUCGAUUAACAGAAUCAGAAGAAAAAUAUUCUGCAACACGCAAUAUCAAUAAUGUGGAAAACGCAAUAACAGGAGUUAAA